UGAACAGUCCAGUUGCCAUCCAUUCGAUGCCCUAGAACACUAACCAGCUGUUUUGCCAGAAGGCAGGAGAACGACCUUCUUCUUAUGAGGACGGUCAUUCACCAGCCACGACACCCCCAGGGGACACACCCACCAGGGACAAAAACAGGGAGACUCCACACUUGAAAAUGUUGAACUGAAAUGUAGAAGACCUUUUGGAUCAAAAGUGAAACGUCUUCAGCAAACAGGAAGAGUCCGCUUCACCCAUUCAACUUUUGUGGAUUCCCGUCAUCUGGGUGACUGACAAUCCGCACACGCACACGCACACACACACACACACACUUUGAUGUUCAGUUUGCUAUGCUUGACAUUAGCAACUGUUGAUGUAAAGUCCGUGGCUGCAGUCCAUCGUGGUGUCUGGUUGAGUAAAAACCUGUAGAAUGUGCUUGUUUUUAGCGUUGACAUCUUAAAUCAUGACUGGCUUUGUUUCGUCUCAAGCUCCCCAGCAGCAGGGCAAUCACGGCCGGCGGAACAUCAAGCAUAAUUGCCACGCUGUUUGUCGCCAAUCAAGGCUUCUGGCGGCUGACAUUUUCUUGGUGUGAUGUGCGGAUUUUGAUGGCAUUGCAUCAAAGGUCAAACAGUCAGUCUGAUUGCGUUGAUACCAGAUCAAAUACCAGAUUGAUGCAUGUUCUACAUGAUCGUUUAUCUUUUCAUGUGAUCUCAUCUUGUCCACACAAUCGGGGAAGCUGCGGUUGCAAAUCAGGUGAUCUCAGCCAGCAUAUCCAAGGCAGCAGGUUAGAAAUAUUACUUUGUGCCAGCCACUUUGCCCUGAUUGCAUUUGACAAAAAAACCCAAAUUCCUGAGAGGGGCAUUCAGUAUUCCGCCGCUCGCCUCGUGCUCAGCUGCCUCCGCAUUGCUGCGCCGCAUAGCUCAUGCAGGUGAGGCCUCAUCUCGUUAACAAUCUUUGGCAUUUGUGGCGCAUUGAUUCAUUAGCAGUCUGUCACCAGCGUGUUUAUUUAGCUUGAAAGCAUCCGUGCAUGUUGGACGAAGCAUAUGUGGAACACCCGCCCCCCCCAGCUAAUUAAACAUGCAAGACAAGAGAGCACUGUUGUUUUUAGCAGACAUUUUACUUCUACUCUCUUUGUUUUAGUCACAUUUUAGCCAUUUCUAUAUGUGAGAGUUGUAGUCCAGAUUUAGUCAAGUAAAGCUGAAAAAGGUUUUCGUAGACGGAAACUGAAACCAUGUUAGUCAGUUUUAGUAAAACACUCAAAUGAAGUGUAUCAUGUAUUUCAAUAAUGAUUGGAAAUUGGAUGAGGGGGUACAAUUACUCUCUCUGUACCCAAAGUAAAACAAAACACUUUAAAAAAGUCCAUUUGUUAGUAAGUACACUGACUUUGAUGUAAAUGCAUGUCAAUCCAUGGAAACAUGGGCUGUUAUGUUAUGACAGUCCCUUAGUUGUUGCAUGUUUAUGUUGUUUAUUGCGAGCACCAGCCCGUCCAACUUUGUUUGACAGCCCUUGAAUGCACCGUCAUACGUGUGCUACCACCCCCUUAUUUCUCCGUGUUCAUGUGUAAUCCGUCCGGUCCGCCACUGCGCACGGCCCGGGCUCCAACCAUGGUCCACUGAAGGAGAGUUGAGAGCGCUAGCCAUCAGGCUAAAAUCUCAACUCAAUGUCCAGCGCGAUUCUUAAGGCAUCAGGGAGUCUGGCUUACCAUCGUUAACCAGCUGGCAUCUUCACACUUGUAAGGAUGAUGGACAGCCCUGAGAAGCGCAAACAGUGCAUAGCUGAGCGGGAAGACGUUAUCGGAUACGACCCCGCUGACCCAGUCAGGCAGUGAAUGUGGACGCCCCCGAGAGGGCCUUUGUGCCGCCGUGAGCAAGCGCGCUUCUGUCUCAACACAGCCGCUAUUAUGCAGGCAGCAAGGACAGAUUGUUAGGGAAGUCCUUCAUGCACACGCUGGAAUGGAAGUAAACAGGAAGUCGGUGAAAACGAGAUGAGACGUUUGCACUGCACCCACGGGACACUUUAUUAGGUACACUUUAUUAGGUGCAGACCAUUAAGCUUUGAUGCAAUUCAUGUAUCGAUACAGUAGGUUUGCUUCCACGCUUCCGAUACCAUCUCUUUAUGCUCUAAAAUCGAUUCUCAAAUCAAAAUAUUGACACCUUGGCUACUUCAGCCAUGUUUGUUGCAAGGAAGACUGAUAGUAAACGGAGCCAUGUGUGAAUUAGCAAGCAGCUUUCAUUUUUGUUGUAGUUCUCAAGAAGUCAUCAUUUAUUUGAAUGCUUUGAUAUUUGACCUAUUUUGCUUUUGUAUUGUUUAAAAUAGCAUUUUCACAUACUUUCUAUGAUUCUGUCUUCUGUUUUUUCUGUUGCGUAUGAGCGCGUCUGCAUUGGAAAUCAUUUAUUUCACAUCAUAACUGAUUGAAAUGAAUGAUUUUUUUACUCCAAAAAUGACUGAAAUGUCUUGUAUUCCUUACGCUAUGAUAUGAAACACACAACAAAUUUACCAGACACAUUAGGUGAAUUUGCACAAAGCAUCGGUAUCGCCGAUACCGCCCUGAAUUGUACUCAGUAUCGGAUCUGAAACUAAAUCGGCGGUAUCGCACAUCACCAGUGUCUACUUUUCUUAUUUUGAAGGUCUGUUUGAUAGCGCUAUAUUUGUUUAAAUGCGAGCUGUCUUCCUCUACUGCUGCUUCCCUGUGAAGCCUCGCCGCUGCCCCCUGCAGAGCUUAGACAGUACUGCAUGAAGGAGACCUGAACGCUUUCUUAUUUGGGUGAUGUUUGGUGGCCCAAAUGAAAAGCUUUGGCGGGCAGGAUGUGGCCCGUGUACUCGAGCAGGGGGCCGUGAAGACAUAUGGACGUAUGAUGCUAAGCCGUACCUCGUGCAGAUCAGCGCGCUCACACGAGCCAAACGUGACGGACUUUAGGUGUGAAGUGAAGCCAGUGUGGGUACGUACGUGUGCAGCGCUUCCAUGGAGUGAUUCAAGUGGAGGAAAGGUCCAUGUGUGUCUUCUGCACGGCAUGACUCCAUUGGCUAAUCCAAUUGGACCACCUCAUGGCCUUGCGCUUGGUAAGACGCACAUCAUUUUCCAUUAUGGACCCCAUCUCUGCGCUAAACGCCAAGAGGUGCAGCAGGAGGCUGUGAGCUACACGUCCUGAAGUCAAAGUCCACGCUGGUGAAAUGGAAACAUCUUUAAUGACACUCCUUGGCAGAGGUAAUCCUCUCAAGCAGCUCAUUCAUGUUUUGUCAGCAUCAUAAGCACCCACUCCCUGCUGUCACCAUAGCAACAGACAAGCGUCAUGUGUACCCAACAGACGUCAUUGAAUUCUUGUUUUUUGGACUGCUUUGAGCACGUGUGCGGGUGGGGGUGUCACGGUACAUCAAUUUGAAAUUUUUCAGCACGGAAUUUGGGGAUUUCCCACACAGGACACAUGAAAAGUGACAGGAAGCGGUUGAGGCGUCAUGUGUCUACUCUGGAAACAAAUACAGUCCUGUCCUGUUCAUCAUGGCUAGCGAUAAUGCCAAGGAGAAGCCAGGACUUGAAAAACAUCUUCCCUCAUUUGGGGACGCUUGGCCUUCCCGGUGAAAUACGGACAGGUUGGCGUUGUUAAUCUGUUCCGGAAGGUCCAACUCAAACCGAAGCGUUACCUUUGGCUAGUGGCUUGAGGCGUUGUGAGCGAGUGUGUGGUGAAGCUAGUCGCUAGCCGGCUAGUAGCUAGCCGCUGUGGUGUCACUAUGCCAGUAAGGUAGUUCUUGGGCGUAAGAAUGUUAAUAAGAAUAAUAACAAUGUGGUUCAUACGCAGCUCACACGAUGGAAAUGGAGCCUUGUUGGCGCUUUUUGGAGGUGGAGGAGGUGCGUCCAUUACGUGCAGUCUCAGCUGCCUCUGUUUAGCUGUCUUCAUGUCUUUGACAUGGCCACAGAAAAGACGUGUGUCAAUGUCUCCCGUAGGGCUUGUGGAUGGCAAACGUGAGCUGCUUUGUGGACACGGCUGGCGAUGUGCGGCACCUGCGGGACAGAUGCAAUUGGAUCUUGGCAGGACCCCAGCUCUCACCGGGGGAGGUCUACGGGUCCGGGAGCGACCUCUGACCCCAGCUUAUCAGCCCCCACCGCCCUGAAAACAAAGGCUCUUCCUCCCACAAUGAGCGAGUGUGAUCGUCCCCAACCCAAAGCUCAUCACAUGACCAGAUGAAGACAUCAAAUGUCAAGCACGUGUGACCAACUGCCUUCCAUGGGUGAAGGUCUGCAAGCAUCGUCACUACGACACCCGUGCCGGAAACACAAUCGGUUCUAUGCAUGUGCAGAACACGUCUGCAUCCGCUUGGCCUGUUUUUCGGAGUCACGUGUGACGCAUGUGUCGUCUGCUUCAUCCCGCCUUCUAUUUCACGGCAGGCGCAGAUCACAAACGGCAGGAAACAAGGUUUCUACUCCGCACAGACCAUCUUUUUAUUCUUACAUCAUUUCCACGGUGCAAGUGGAUCAAUGAUAAGACCUCUUUUCUCGGUUCCAUAAAUGAUUUGAACUUAUUUUUGGCCACUGAAAAAAUAGAUCAAAAUAGAGACAAAAGGGUUUUACCAGCAGGAUGUUUGGGGGAAAAGCGAGCCGAAUCCUCGACAUCAGUGUUUCCCAAACUUUGUACAGAGUUCAUGCUCUGUCUCCUUUCUGCUCCGUUCUUCUCGUGCCGCCGUGAGAUGUUCAGGCGCACUCGUAAUUGUGAGUGUUAGGCGCUAAUUGUUUUUCAUUUUUAUUCACGUAGCCCCUACUCCAAUUGGUGUACCCCACUUUGGGAACCUAGACUGUGCAUGAAUGCAUCUUUGCACUCUGCUCAUGCUUGGUUACACUCAAAUACCAGCGUGUUUUAUGUGCUGUUUUACACUAUAUGUAUGUUUUACAGUAAUGUGUUGUUUUACAAUACAUGUAUGUUUUAUGUGCUGCUGUUUUACAAUAUAUGCAUGUGUAUACCAGGGUGUUUUAUGUGUUGUUUUAAAUGUAUGUUAUUUAUUCAUCUACAUUGUACGUAACCCAUUAUGACCUUUACGUCUUCGCUACGUUCAUUGCGUACGUUUUUACUUAAGUCUUUCAAUAAGAGUCACAAAGAAAAGAAGCCCCCAAUAUAUGACGUAUAGGAAGUACGGUUAUUGAUGUUUGCGGCCCACAGCUUGUUUCUUUACUGGAAAACCCCCCCCAAGUAUUUCCGGCAUGAUAAAAAUACCAAAAGUGUUACAGAAAACACAGUAGAGUGUUUCCCCGAGGUUUACAGCUUAGGCGGGGGCGCUCAAAGCUGAGCCGACUGGAAUGUGAUCGCUCCUCUCGUGUUACAAACUUUCAUCAAAGAAAGCAAAAGAACUUUUCCAGUUGAGUCCAAGCACAGACAGCACAUGAUCAAUUGGAAAGGUGACGUGAAACGUUAUUUUUUCUUUGUUUAAAUUAAUGCCUAAAAUGUGCCGCGGACCAUCCGUGACCCUAGUGAGGAUGAGCGAGAUAGAAAAUGGAUGGAUGGGUGCCGUGGGCCACAAAAGGCCCCAGGCCAUAGUUUGGACACCCCUCUGUGAUAAUGUUGACUCAUAUUAGCCAAUAAAGUCCGGAGUCUUUCCCGGGUCCAAAUGUAAAAAUCCAGAACCGCCCCAGCCGUCAAUAAUGAGGGGUGAUGGACUGCGGCAAAGCUGUGGUUGUUUUCAUCUGAAAGUGUCUCGGCAGGUUAUUUCUGUUCCUUGGAAACAGCCUUUCUAAAGUAAACAUGCUGUACGCUUCCCCCACUGCAUUUGGCUAAAUGAAAUUUUCGAGUCCAGUCGCUGUGAAAAGUCCAAUUUUCAGUGUCUUCUUUUUUUUUUUUUCCCAGAUAUUUGUGUAAAUGCGGUCUGCUGCUUCAGUGUCGCCUCGCUGUUGCCCCCUACAGAGCGCAGAAAGUACUGCACUUCUCUAGUUAGACUAAAUGCUGGACAUGAUUCAGGUUUUGGGCGGACCACAUGUGGCCCGUGGGCUGCCUAUUGACCUUCUUAGGGGGGUUGUAAUAAUAAUAAUAACAAUCAUCUCAGAAACAUCACAGCAGUGAGGGCAGAAACCUUUUGUAGAUUGAAACUAAGUUAACUUAGCUGAGAAGACCUUCUCUCCAGCGCCGUGUUAAAUGUCACUUAGCGCUCUCUCGGGGUGCAUUGAGAGGCGCCGGUUCCAAAUCAAUACAAAGCCAAAGCGUAGUAAACUCUUAGCUUGUUUACUCGAUGUUUCCCCGUCACGUGAGCGCAUGAGAGCGAGGAAACACACGCUUACAUCAACAAUGAGGAGGACGUUGUCCACACUGGAUAAAAAAACAAGACAAACAUCCCUCGUGAAAUCAACUACCUGACUGAUUGUCUUUAACUCCAAGCUUAAAUUAGCAUUAGCACUUUUCUUCUGCUUCUUCCGUCCACUAGUUUCACGUUCACAGACAACAUGAAGAGUGUAAAAGAUGUUUUUGUUGCAACAUUCAAAAGGAAGGAGAUAAAUGAACGGUGGAGACGUCCAUAGUUGCAGUAGAAAAAGGUGAAGGUGAUACAUUCCCAAUGUGGCGUGAGGUGCUCCUCCAACACUAAAGCUUGCAAGAUGGAGUCUUUGGUCUUCACAGUCUGGAGUGCGUCAGCAGCGGCUUGCUCAGGUCCUUGGCCUCGCCGGCCGUGCGGACCCGCUCGUACCCCAGCACGGACAUGGAAUGAUGGCAGUAGUCCUCCACCUGCUUGAUCUGCUGGAUGCUGAGCACCGUCCUCCACGCGCUGGCGGCUUGUGUGGCGUUCCUGGACGAGACGAUGAAGGGCUUGGAGGAGGAGCUGGAGCCGCUGGUCAUGUUGAGCGCAAACGACUCGAUGUCGUGAUUGGCGGUCAGGUUGGCGAAGCGGUAGACGUUGCGCAGGGUCUUAACCGGGUUGUCCACCAGAUCCUCGUAGCGCACCGCCAUGUACUUCCCCUUCAGCCAGCCGGGCGGGUUCAAGGCCGUCCUCAGAGUCCUGGAGGUGCGGUCGCAGAUGACCUCCAUGGCACCGAUGGAGUGGUAGUCCGAGCCGUCCUUCUUGUUGGCUUUGUGACCGGGAUCCACAAAAGGGAUCCGGCGGAGUUUGGGGUCUCUGCUGCGGACCACCUGUAAAUUCUCCCGAAUGAGGCCAUGACGGGACUUGAUCCUGGAGUUGGCCACCGCCCGUGGAUCCCGGACAAGAUGGAUCACCUUCAAAUCCAAGGAGGGGUCCUCCAUGAGGGGCGCCAGCACGUUGACGUCCAGAAUGCGCACCCCCUUGAUGACCACCGUGUUGUACUUGAGGCACUCGUCCUCCAGCAGUCGGAGGCUUUGCGGCGGACACUUUUUACACACCUUAUCGUCCACCAUGCCCACCACCUCCUUCCUGUAGGCCGAGCAGAGCGGGAAAGAGCACACCACCUUGUUCAGGGUGGCUCCAAACAGUCCCAGCGAGGUGAAAUUCUUGCCCCCGGGGCUGUUGUAAAGUUGAAAGACGGACAGAUCGCAGCGGUACAAGGAGCUCAGCAUGUCCCUGGCCGCCCCCUGCAGGGACACGGCGUCGCCCGGGUACAGUUUCUGCCAGAUGUGCCACAUGGGCUCAUACAGAAAGAACACCUCCGGGUUUUGGUUGAAAAGCUCCCCGAAGAAGGACGAGCCCGACCUCCAGGUGGUCAGAACGUAGAUGAGCUGCCUCCUCUUGGCCAGCGAGGGUCUGUAGAGGAAGCGGAGGUCCGACCUGCCCUGGUAGCUGGCGCUCCUCAUCUGGUGGCUGCACUGCUGAGGCUCCUUGGUCCACUUGUAGUUGGCCAGGUUGAGCAUGGUGAGCACCAGCAGCAGGAAGUAGGCCAUGAACAGCACCAUUCUCUUCCUGCGCAGCACCUUCAUCACGAUGCCGGGCUGCGCUAUGAUCUUGGUAUGGUUCCUGUAGGUCUUGAGCUUCCUCCCGAAGCCGGCAUCCUUCUCCCAGGGUGCCGUCAACUUGAGAGGUGGAUGGAACUGUUUUCCUCUCAUCUGUGCGCUCCCUCGCCACAGCUUACAUGGACGAGUGCAAUAUGUGAGAUGACAAGGAUGAUUAGAUUAUGUAAUUGUUGCCGCUUCAAAAUCCAGCCCAGGCUUUGCUGUGAGGCGUCUUCAUGGCAACUAUGGAGGAGAGCAGGCUGUCCAUGGAGGGCAGUGCAGGGGAGCAACGAGGAUGGAGGCUACAUCAUUGUCACAGACGCCCAUGUUUGUCCUGCCGGAGCACCCCCGCCGUGGGACGCACCCCCCCUCCAAAAAAUGCGCCGUGCUCGCGCAUCGCAGACAAUAAAAUAGGCCGCCGGUGUGGCGCGGAGGCUCGGAUCUCACUCCGACUGGGAUAGAAUCACAUCCACGCUGCAGUGAAGACAGGCAGUUACGUAAUGACGAGAUGAAGAAGCAGACAUGCGCAGUGGGAUCCUCGCCAUCAUCAGCAUCGGCAUCAGGAUCGCCAAGAUCUCCACUGACGGUCGAGUCGCUGUCCUCCUCGAGUUGAUCUGACGCCACAGCAGGUUUCAUUUUCCCCGGGCGAGUGAGCACACGAAAUAGAUGAUCUUUGCCUGACACUGCGACGCUGCUGCGACGAGAAAAAAGGCUGCCGUCCGCGGCGGGCUUUCUCUGGUGAUGCUGGCCGCUUCCCGGUGGGAUGCACAUCAGUGUUUGGCCCUGCUCGCUCUCCGUCGUCAUGGCCGCGCUCUACCAGGGCACCGACGCCUCCUCCCCGGAUAAAUUCCUGGCCCUGAAGGACGUGAGGGAGGUGAAGGAGGAGACCACCCUGGACGAGAAGCUCUUCCUGCUGGCCUGCGAGAAAGGAGACUACUACAUGGUGAAGAAGCUGCUGGAGGAGAACCGACACGGUGAGCUCAACGUCAACAGCGUGGACGUGCUGGGCCGAGACGCCAUCACCAUCGCCAUCGAGAACGAGAACCUGGACAUCCUGCAGCUUCUGCUAGAGCAUGGCUGCCAGGCCACCGACGCCUUGCUGGUGGCCAUAGACUCGGAGGUGGUGGGGGCUGUGGACAUCCUCCUCAACCACAGACCCAAGCGCUCGUCCAAGCCCUCCAUGGCUAAGCUGAUGCAGCGCAUCCAGAACCCGGAGUAUUCCACCACCAUGGACGUGGCCCCCGUCAUCCUGGCGGCGCACAGGAACAACUACGAGAUCCUCACCAUGCUGCUGAAGCAGGACAUCUCCCUCCCGAGGCCGCACGCCGUCGGCUGCGAGUGCACGCUCUGCAACGCUAAAAACAAGAAGGACAGUUUACGCCACUCCAGGUUCCGCCUGGACAUCUACCGCUGCCUGGCCAGCCCCUCGCUCAUCAUGCUGACGGAGGAGGACCCCAUCCUCAGGGCCUUCGAGCUGAGCACAGACCUGAAGGAGCUGAGCCUAGUGGAAGUGGAGUUCAGGAACGACUACGAGGAGCUGGCAAAGCAGUGCAAGAUGUUCGCCAAGGACCUGCUGGCUCAGGCUCGGAACUCCAGGGAGCUGGAGGUCAUCCUCAACCACACGUCCAGCGAGGAUCUCGUAGACAAGCGGGGUCUCCUGGAGGAGCGCAUGAACCUCAGCCGCCUCAAACUGGCCAUCAAGUACAACCAGAAGGAGUUCGUGGCCCAGUCCAACUGCCAGCAGUUCCUCAACACGGUGUGGUUCGGCGAGACGGCCAGCUACCGGCGCAAGCACACGUGCCUGAAGAUCUCCACGGUGCUGAGCGUGGCCGCGCUGUGGCCGCUGCUGUCGGUGUGCUACCUGCUGGUGCCGCGCUCGCGCGUGGGCCAGAUCAUCCACACGCCCUUCGUCAAGUUCAUCAUCCACAGCGCCUCCUACUUCACCUUCCUGCUGCUGCUCAACCUCUACUCGCUGGUCUACAACGAGGGCAAGAAGAACACCAUGGGCCCCCCGCUGGAGAUGAUCGAUUACCUGCUCAUCCUCUGGAUCAUAGGAAUGGUUUGGUCGGACGUGAAACGUCUGUGGUACGAAGGUCUGGAGGACUUCCUGGAGGAGUCCAGGAACCAGCUGAGCUUCGUGAUGAAUUCCCUUUACCUGGCGACCUUUGCCCUCAAGAUCGUAGCCCACAGCAAGUUCAAGAACAUGGGGGACACCGAGAGGAAGAACUGGGACGCCUUCCAUCCCAUCCUGGUGGCCGAAGGACUGUUUGCCUUUGCCAAUGUGCUCAGCUAUUUGCGUCUGUUCUUUAUGUACACCACCAGCUCCAUCCUGGGCCCGCUGCAGAUCUCCAUGGGUCAGAUGCUGCAGGAGUUUGGAAAGUUCUUGGGCCUCUUCCUGCUCGUCCUCUUCUCCUUCACCAUCGGACUGACCCAACUCUACGGAAAGGACCAGAAAGACCCGGAAAAGAACCCGCCCAGCGAUUGCCAGGGCAUCUUCUGUCAGCAGCAGAGCAACGACGCCUUCCACAGCUUCAUGGGCACCUGCUACGCCCUCUUCUGGUACAUCUUCUCGCUGGCGCACGUGGCGCUUUUCGUCACGCGCAUCAGCUACACGGAAGAGCUGCGCUCCUUCGUGGGGGCCAUGAUCAUCGGAACCUACAACAUCGUGGUGGUGAUUGUUCUCACCAAGCUGCUGGUGGCCAUGCUGCAUAAAAGCUUCAGGCAGAUCGCCAAUCACGAGGACAAGGAGUGGAAGUUCGCUCGAGCCAAGCUGUGGCUGAGCUACUUUGACGACAAGUGCACGCUGCCGCCCCCCUUCAACAUCCUGCCCUCCCCCAAGACCGUGUGCUACCUGCUCACCAGCAUGAGCAAGUGGAUCUGCUCGCACACAUCCAAAGGCCGGGUCAAGAGACAGAACAGCCUGAAGGAGUGGAAGAACCUGAAGCAGAAGCGAGAUGAGAACUACCAGAAGAUCAUGUGCUGCCUGGUCCACCGCUACCUGACGUCCACGCGGCAGAAGAUGCAGAGCACGGACCAGGCCACCGUGGAGAACCUCAACGACCUGCGACAAGACCUCUCCAAGUUCCGCAACGAGAUGAGGGACCUGCUGGGCUUCCGGACCUCCAAAUACGCCAUGUUCUACCCGCGGAGCUAGAAAGCCUCCCUUGCUCGCCGCCGCUCCACUAACACGUCUGCUUCUAUUCUCAUGUUUGUGUCCCAAGAGGAAGUGACUCUCCCCCCAGCUUUUCUAACGAUAUUCUAACACGAACAUCAAUAAACAUUUAUGCAAACAUGCCAUCAUUGUGCUCCUUUUAUUAGGGACACCAUGACACCAUCAAUCAUAUUGGCAGACUGUCUUCCUUCCGUACACGAUUGCUCUCUUUCAAAAUCAAUAGCACGCAGCAAAGGCAAUCAUGUUGUAAAUACCGCUCUACACAUCACCUGUCUCAACUGGAAUACUUCCAUCAGUACACUUGAAUACGUACACCGUGUACUUAAUUACUCAAGUGUGUCAUGUGACCAUGUCGUGCCCUUGCACAAUGACCACACAUGGCAAUCACAAUAUUUAUCUUCUCCUUCUCCUUGCUACUGUCCAUUGCACUGUGGCUUCUCAAAUAGUGGGGUGUGGGGGGGUGAGAGGCAAGAAAGACUUUCAAUAGCAGUGCAGACCUGCCAACAUGUAUGAAUUUGUUGUACUCAGCAUGCAGUUUAAUACGCUUGUGUGCUUCACUGCUCUCCAUUUCGCUGCUUUCACUUUGGAGUUCAGUCUGUGCAGGACAGAUAAAUAAAUCAAGAUAUGAGCAGUAUUUCAAAUUGGGGGGUCGCAAAAACGUUUCUGUCCCCAAGUGAGGGCGUGACAGAAAAUAAUUCCAUUGCACUGCCGAGAUCUGUGGUCCAAAAAAUAUAUAUUUAUAUUUGUCUCCUUUUUCUCACGCAGAAAACAUCUCAUUCACCAUAAGUGGAUCAUCAUUCAUCCACUGUGCAGCACACACCGUCUUCACGUGUUUGUCCCUUUAUGCUUCACUGAUCAUGGUUUUUCUGCAGAAUUCCCACUUUGUUCGCCAGUCCUUGAACGCACCAUAGUCGCCGUGAGACGCAAAAGUGAAAGUUGUACACCCAUGCCAUCUUAUCACUGAUGCGUGGUGAGUAGCUGUGCAUUUGAUACUGUCAAUGAGUUGAACAAUAAGUGGCUUAUUUAGGGAUGAAACCUGGAUUGUUUCGCAAGGCAACAAUGGCAAUUGAAGAGAGAAGGGGCGGGUUCUGGAGCUCAAUCUAAGCUAAUCAUUACAAUGCUCACUUUUAUUGCAAAUGUUGAUCUGAAAUCGGAGGACAACAUCGAUAUCAAGCUAGCAGCAGGGUUUGGAGGGGGAGGAGUGAGCUGUCUGUUAAAAAUGGACAUUUUUUAUAUGAAAAUUAAUUUGAGUCUUUCUUACCAAAGCUAUUUUUAGACACUCAAUUGACGCACUGCGUUUGGAUUUUGUGAACUGAAGUUUUUUCACAUGCAACGAUGCGCAAAAUGUCACUGAAUAUAAAUUUGUAAGCAAAAUGUGUAUGAUUAAAAAUUAUGUUUUCAUGGUGCAAAUACAUGUGAUGUUUCAAAACCCGGGUCACGUGAUUGCCCGGCUCUGAGACAGAUGCCAGCCUUUGGCCAAGUGUUCAGCACUCUCGCUUCACAUUACGAUGGUCCCGUGUUGGACCUCCAACGCGGGCAGGGUGACAUGUACAGUAUCUGUCCGUUUUGAAACGUCAACAUUUUUUGCACUGAAUUUUUUUAAAGUAAAAGACUUUUUUGAUCAGCUGCAUUUUGAAACACGUGCAUUCUGCUUCCAACUUUUUAUUCAAUACCGUUUGCAGCAUCAUUUGGUGUAAAAAAAGGAAUGCAGUUCACGAUAUUCCAAUGCAAAAAAAUGGAGUUCCAUCAAAGCUUUGGUAAUAAAGAAACAAAUGAACCCUCGUGCACGUAUCCAAUACUCCAUUCCUCGCACCUUUCAUCCUUUAUUGUGUGCUACUUGUCAGUAUGAAGACUGGAAAGAGUGAGUGUAAGUAUGCAAGCGCACCAGUUGAGUGAAAUACAGUGAGACUUUGGAAGGCGUUCAUACCUGACAGAAGAUAGAAAAAUGCAAAUAUAGAGUUUUACUUACUAACAAUGCCGUGGUAGGAAUGAAAAGAUCUGUUCCUAAUCUAAAGACCGUGGUCCACGAUCUUCUCAGCAGCGUUUGUUCUUAAGGGUGCCGAGUGCCUUCUGGUUCUUGCUCUUGAAGGCCAGGACAAAGUGCUGGGGACCCACCGUCCCGCGGCCGUCCUGGUCCACGUGGCCCAUGAAGAUGUAGUUCAAGCCUGGUGAGGUCACACACAGACAGCCUGAAUGCAGCGGCGGAACG